CUGUUCGAUGUCGUCGUUGUCGCCGUCUCGGUUGGCGGCGGCGCAAGCGAUUGGCCGUGGCUGGUGUGGCGGGGAGUGGGGUUUGAAAAGGGGAGUUGGAGGAGGAGGAGAAGGGAAGUGGUGGCGGCGGUGUGGAGUUGAAGGGAUUGAGAUCGAGGAGAUGAUGCAAUUUGACGGUGGCGAGAGGAACGCGGAGCGGAACAUUGUUGUU